AAUGUUUUAGUAAACUUUUGCUCCUUUUCCCACAGUGCACAAAGGAGGGGGCGGUCCGUUCAGCUACAGCUGAAGGCGAAUAUGGCGCUGUGAGGGAAUGUUAGUAGAGAGCGGAUCGGCCGAGUUUUGUGUCUUCUGCUGGACUUGUCCGGAGUCACGGGAUGUGCCGCAGGGAGCGAGGCCGCGCCUAGCACCUUGAGCGCCGUUUUCCCAUUGUGCGAGAGAGAGAGCGAGAGUCGAGUGGGCCGCGAUGUUGAUCAAGGAGUACCGCAUCCCCCUGCCACUCACCGUGGACGAGUACCGAAUCGCCCAGCUCUACAUGAUAGCGAAAAAGAGCAGGGAGGAGAGCCAUGGCGAGGGUAGCGGUGUGGAGAUCAUCGUCAACGAGCCCUAUGAAAACGGACCAGGUGGCAAUGGACAGUACACCAAGAAGAUUUAUCACGUCGGCAGCCACUUGCCAGGUUGGUUUAAGAGUCUGUUGCCCAAGUCGGCGUUGACGGCGGAGGAGGAGGCGUGGAAUGCGUAUCCAUACACAAAAACGAGAUACACGACGCCGUUUGUAGAAAAGUUCUCAAUAGAAAUUGAGACUUACUACUUUGGCGACAACGGCCACCAGGACAAUGUCUUCAACUUAAGCAGCAGUGAAAAGCGCAAUAGGACAGUCGAUCUAAUCGACGUGGUGAAGGACCAGCACAUGUAUCAGGGCGACAUCAGCAAAGAGGAGGACCCAAAGCACUUCAUAUCGGAAAAGACGCGACGCGGCCCGCUGUCCGACAAUUGGUUGGACGAGUACUGGCGCGAGGUCAAGGGCAAGAACCAGCCAACGGCCAGCGGAAAGUCGUUGAUGUGCGCUUACAAACUGUGCAAGGUCGAGUUUAGGUACUGGGGCAUGCAGAGCAAAAUCGAGAAGUUCAUCCAUGAUGUUGCCCUGCGGAAGACCAUGUUCAAGGCGCACACGCAGGCGUGGGCGUGGCAGGACGAGUGGCAUGGUCUGACGAUGGACGACAUCCGACAAAUCGAGCGGCAGACGCAGGAGGCGCUGAAGAAAAAGAUGGGCAAGGGUGGCGAGGAAGAGGAGGAUGAGGCCGAGGAUGAAGAGGAAGCCAAGGAGGAGGCCGUCGGCGGCCAGAUGAUGAGCAGCAUCGAGAAGCCCGCGCCGCCUGCCGAGCAGGCAGUUUCGGCCGACGAGGAGGAGGAUGAGGACGAGGAGGAGGACGAGCGCACCGUCGCCGAUAGCGUCGCCUCAGACGACGUCGCUAAGCGCAAGAACAACAAACUUAACUCGCCGAGCUCGGGUUCGAGCAAGAGCUUCGGCGCCACCGCCGCAGCACACAUUUCCAGCUGGCGCAUGGAGAGCAUCGUGCGCGAUUCGGACUCGGCCAGCGAAGAAGAGUUUUUCGACUGCCAAGCUGCAGCCUUUAUAAUUCCCGUCAUUAAGGAGGAGCUUGGCGAUAGUGUCUCGUCUCUAGUCAAAUGGAGCUCAAUGGAACUAAUUUCAGCCGACGACCACGAUGGCGACUGCCCGCCUACGCACGUGCCCUCCUCUGACCGGAAGCAAGACAGCAUCUUCUCGCAGUCGUACUUGCAGAGAGUGGUGAGCGAGCGCGGCCGACCGCUGCGCGCCGCCAGAAGUGUCGAUCAGUCGCUGCCCGGCUCGCCGACUUCUUCUCCCGCCCACCACCCAUGCAGCACCACUGUCCUCGUCCUCGUGUUACACGCGGGCAGUGUUCUCGACGCUACUUAUGACGUGACUGCCAAGAAGUCGGACGUGACGACCUUCUCAGGCGCGUUUGAAUGCGUGAUGCGGCAGCACUAUCCUUCCAUGGUGGGCCACAUCGCGGUCCGGCUGGUCAUGUGCCCGUCGAUCUGCUCUGAAGGGCUUGGAAUACUCACUAGUCUGAGUCCGUACAGCUUUGACGUUUCGCCAUCAUGCACAGACGCUCCGCACGUGACGCACGACUCUAUUCCAAUCGGCGCCAUUCCGUUGUUUGCGUCGUCAACGCCUGAGUACCGCGAGACUAUCGCAAAGGUGAUUUCAGCCUCCAACGCUGCUUAUCACGAGUUCCUCCGCUCAGAGGAGGGCAGAGGCUUCAGCGGCCAAAUAUGCUUUGUUGGGGAUUCAGUGGGAUCGAUUAUGGGUUAUGAUGCUCUGUGCCGGAGCGCGCAAUACCACUCAAGGCACGACAGCGACAACAGCAUCAACGAGGAGGACACGGUGGCCGAGAGGAGGCAGCACCUGCAAGGCGACUGGGCAGACAACGAUGCUCACCACCAGAGACACCUGUCCGCUCCACCGCCCAGGAGGAGGUCGUCCUCCAACAGCGAUCAACAGUCAAAGCUUGAUUUUGACGUGGGAGACUUCUUCAUGUUUGGCAGUCCGCUCUCAUUGGUGCUUGCCUACCGGAAAGUCGUUUCGGCAGAAGACAAAUCAGCUCCUAUCCCAAGACCUCAGGUGCAGCAAGUGUAUAACCUUUUCCAUCCAACUGACCCGGUGGCCGCCCGACUGGAGCCGCUGAUCUCGGCACGCUUCUCCAUGCUGCCGCCAGUAAACAUCGCACGCUACCAAAAGUAUCCGCUCGGCAACGGCAACCCCUAUCACCUACUCGAGUUCAUACAGGCAAAUCCGCAAAUGUUUUCUGACUCGUCGAGUCAUGGCUUGGGCCACAUGCGGAGAAUGUCGGAGGUCAGCAUCCAGAGCGCUGUGUCAGGGCACGGCGACACGCUACCCCUGCAAACCAUUAGUUCCUUAACGUCGAAGUGGUGGGGCAACAAGCGGCUUGACUACGCCCUUUACUGUCCAGAUGGCUUGUCCAACUUUCCCACGAACGCCCUUCCACACAUCUUCCACUCAAGCUACUGGGAGUCAACAGACGUGAUCGCUUUCAUGGUGCGCCAGCUUGGUCGCAUGGACCCAACCGUGAAUCUAGGCAAGGAUGAAAAGGAGCUGGCCUCCUUCAAUCCUGGACAGCCCAGGGAAAAGUGGCUCAGAAAGCGGACGUCAGUUAAGCUGAAGAAUGUGGCUGCCAACCACAGAGCAAACGACGUGAUUGUGAGUGAAAGGGCGCCUCAGACCCUGACUGCCAGGUUCAUGUACGGUCCACUUGAUAUGAUCACCUUGGCAGGCGAAAAGAUUGAUAUCCACAUUAUGAAAGACAUCUCACUAGGCGAGUGGACACUGUUUGCCACUGAAGUGACUGACAAGCAUGGCAGAAUUUCCUACUCAAUCCCUGCAGGCCAGGCUCUCAGCUACGGCAUGUAUCCUGUGAAAAUGGUUGUGAGAGGAGACCACACCUCAGUUGACUUCUACCUGGCUAUUGUACCUCCGGAAACAGAAUGUGUUGUGUUCAGCAUUGACGGCUCCUUCACCGCCAGCGUGUCUGUGACAGGCCGCGACCCAAAAGUGAGAGCCGGAGCGGUAGAUAUCGUUAGACACUGGCAAGAGCUUGGUUAUUUGAUAAUCUACAUGACGGGCAGACCCGACAUGCAACAGCAGAAGGUGGUCUCCUGGCUUUCCCAACACAAUUUCCCGCAUGGACUUGUAUCUUUCGCCGACGGCCUAUCAACCGAUCCGCUUGGUCACAAGGCUGCCUACCUGAAGAAUCUCAUGCAGGAGCACGGCUUGGUUGUGCACGCGGCAUACGGCAGCAGCAAAGACAUCAGCGUAUACUCGAGCAUUGGGCUCAAGCCGCGUGAGAUCUACAUUGUGGGCAAGGUGUCAAAGAAGCAGGCAGCGCUGGCGCAGCCGCUGAGCGACGGCUACGCGGCGCACCUGACCGCAUUGCUGGCGCACGGCGGCAGCCGGCCGGCGCAGGGCAACGCUCGCAUGGUCAUUCCCAGGGGCUACUUCGGUCUGCCUGGCCAGAACGUGUCCAUUCGCAGGAGAAGCCCCGACGCGCAAGAUUUUUUGUGACGCGUUGCACGAGAGAAAAAUUGGCGAGCUCGAUUCGCGUUGUUACGCAAGACGCCGCACGAGACGAAGCAGGGUUGGUAACAGCCAUUGCUUCUCGAGUUUUGCGCGUUGCCCUGGCUCUGCAGGUAGCUGCGUGCAAUUUUCGCUGCUUUUUCAGGACCGCUACCUUCUUUUCAAAGCUCUGAUAAUGCUUUUGCUUGAAUGAUAUUGGUUCUGGGACAUCAUGCUUCAAGGCCAAAAAUACAUAUUAUUGGUUGCGGAGACAGAAACGUGAUAUAAAUUUGUAACAUUUUGCUCAAGAGUGGUAAAAUAUGGUUUAAAGUCAUAGCAUAUUAUUCACUUCCAUGGGUCCCUUGCAAAUAAUUUAAAGGUUAUCAAAAUAUUAUCAUUAUAAGGCGGUAUCGUACCAUUUUUUUAAAUCCCCUAAAAAAUAUAUUUUUAAAUAUAAAUUUAACUCAUCAAUUUGCAUGAAUGCUCAUAGUGAAACACAAGAAGCUACAAUUUUAAAAUCCCUGGUAAAUACAUGCAAUUUUCAAUCGACAAAAGAGUUUUUUGCCCGAAUGGACCACUAACAGGUCAUAUUGUCAGAAGCAGUAGAAAAAUUGCGAGCUUUGGCAGUCAUGGCAAACACAUUCGUUGUAUUUUUUGCAAGAGCUUGCUUCUUUUUCGGCUCAAGCCGCUGUCUCGAGUGAUGAGCAUUUCAUGUUGCAGCAAGGAGCCGGCGUCGCCGUCGAGAGGGGGCGGCUCCUCAUUCUUGCCGAAGCGCAAAGUUUACCUUAGCCAUGUGUAGCGCGCGUGCAGCAGGCCCCCAUGCCCAAACCCAAUUGUCUGUCUCGUUUUUCUUUGCAUUGUAUCUCUAAGCGUGGAUUCUGUCAGUUGUUAUAUGCAACGGUAACUAUAUCCAGCAUUUUCCAGUUACUUUGCAUUCGCUCUGCCCACUUUCAGUGUGAGUGCUGGCACUCCAGCUUGCGAACGCUUCCUCACUAUGAUUUGGGAGCCCCGCUUGCCACCGCCAAUUCGUUGAGUGAAAUGCAGAUUUUAUAAUUUUAGGGCAGAUCUACUCCAAAUUUAUUUUAUAACUGAAGAUUGAAUGAACUUUAUUUAACAGAAGAUUUUUUAUAUUGGAUCCAAUCUUUCGCUGAGUAUGAAUCUGAUUUGAAAAAAUAUCUUUCGCACUUUUUCUAUUGCAUUUCGGCUCACGUAUUUCGAGGCAAAAAGGUGUCUCUUCAAUUCGUGAUAGAUACUCAUCACUUUACAGGUGCACGCCCCAGAGAACGAGCCUGCCGCUGACUUUAUUAUACUCACUUAAUCAAAUAGUCUCCCGCUUUUCCAGCACUCAAAGCAACUUUUCAAACCGCGCUCCAUUGGUUUUUUUUCACAGAUGAAGAUGUCACUUUUGUUAUGCACGCCUGAAUGUCAGAGUGUCUGCCGCUGUGAAUAGUUUCUAUUUUUCUAUGGAUUCGUGAGCGAUUCGGUUCACUCUCGAAUAAUGCCAAUAAUUCCAAACGCAACCCUCGCCUUAAUGCACCAGUAAGCACCACAGUUAACUCGCUCUCUCGUCUCGCUGUUUCACCCCAAACGAAAAAAUAAGUGUCCCCUCCACGUGUUAGUGAGCAGUCUGCUUGUUCAUCUUUCCCUAUCUCCGUGCUAUAUCUGUGUUGAUUGGAUAAGUGCUGAGCUCUUAAUUAAACAAGAUUCUGAAUAACUAACCAACACAUAGGCCGAGGUUUUCAACACAACAAUAAUCGUUACUCGACACAGAUUAAGAACUGACAUUUCUUCACAGCGGCAACUCUAAAUAUGCGGGCUAAAUAAGCUGAAUGCACAGCUCUCACUGUAGUUGUUGGUGUCUGUCCCUUGUUCCGAACACACUCACUUUGUUUCUCUCGACACUUGUUUGCUCUGCUGGAUGGACUCUUUGUGCUUUUUGCGCUCCUUUGAUUAUAAUUUCUCUGCUGCUAUACUUUUCCCGUUGGCUCGUCACACGAAACGAGAAAGAGAGAGAUGCAACUUCUUUCAUCAGCACUCACGCCUCACACGCAUUGUUCCACAUUGAGCAAAUUCGAAAAGUUGUAAAUAAUUCGUCGUAGUAGCGGCGGUCGCGGGAAAAAGAAGCCUGCUCGCCAUCCGGUGCUCGUUGGCAAAACUUUCGAACGUGCUUUACAAUUCCGGAUUUUUGUAUGCCAUAAGCCGGGCACUAUCGCGAAAAGUGAGCUGCGGACCAAAGUUUUUGCACACUCUCUUAAGGGCGGCUCUCUCCUUGUACGAAAACGGAAGAGAAAUUUCAUUUUGAUCGGCAUUUGUUAAAUAAAACUGCGGAUCAACAAGGUUACUUUUCCUCAUACAACAAAAUUUUUUGCCCUGCUUACAUUUCUUUGGUGCUUGUGACAACAACAGACUCAGUUGAAUCACAACUUUAGUUCGUUUUUAAAUCUCGAAAAAACUGCAAUUUGGCUGAGUGGUAAUUAUCAUCCCCUAUCCAACCCUCUAUUUGCCCAAAAGGGAAUCAGAAGACUGUUCAGGCCUCAUUGAAACCCAUUUAAUUAUUAAAAUUCGAAACAAAUUCGUGAUAUGUUUGCUGUAUCUGAAGAUCUAAAUAAAGUUAAUUAGAUCCGCAUAGGUAGCAAAAUUCGCUACUUACUAAUACAGUUUUCUCUUUGAGUGUUAACGAUUUUUAACCUUUAACAAAUCUUGUUGCUUCUUUGUAUUAAAUGCCGAUUUUUUUGUUCUCGUCCGUUUUUUUAUGGGAAUGGGUUCAGCUCGUCUCGCGGUAGAUCGUGGGCUUGACGCCGGGUGGGGUCAGUCAAAGCUAGAGGCAAGCUGUUGUGUUUGAUGUUUGAUGCGCGGUGAAAGGCCUGGGACGCGUUUUUCUAAUGCGAGUGUUGUCUGCUUUGUGUGCGCAGCCGGUCGACCCGUCGGACUCUGGUGGGUCAGAAGGCGGCGUCGACGGACGGUGGCAGCAUCCGACGGCCGCGGCGGCUGCCUGCGCGUCCACCUACGCUCUCGGAGAUGGUCUAGCGGUGGCGCAGGUCGGCGCACGCCACCGCCACCGACUGCUUCAAGAUGUGCCAGUGCCACCCCCAACAGCAGCAGUAGCAGGACUUAACCACCAGCAACUCCCUCUCCGACUGACCCAAGUGCAAACCGCCCGCCCGCGCGGAAGGAACUGCUGAGGCCGGAUCUCACAUCUCACAGGACGGUCGCCGUUGGCCGUUUCCCUCUUUGGAAAUAAAAAUUAGCAUAAUAUGCGUGUGCGCGCUGAUCUCACGGUAGAUGGCUGAAAUUCAUUUUUUCUGUUUGAUGUAUGGAAGGGGUGGUAAUGGAAUCUGAUUUACUAAAAAACAACCAAUUGUGGUGCGAAUUUUGACUAUUCCAUUUUUAUCUAUAUUGGAAAACUAUAUUUUAAUUUUUUUAAGUUCCUCGGGCAAAUACUUUUUCAUGCAUACAAUUUUUAAGGAAAGUAUCUGUAGUGAACUGACUAACAAUAAUUUUGAAUGCCUGAUCAGAACGCAUUUUUGCAGAUGAAGAACAUUUCCCCGUAUUAAUUCUGGGUCCAAACGUAAGACGAAUAAAAUAAAAUUAAUUUCAAUUCCUAUACUGCUAGGAAAAUUUGGCUAUAAAUUUGCAGAAGAAAUAACGCAAGAAAGGUAUAAAGGGUUUUCUGCGUUUUCCACCUGCAAGACAUCCAUGACUUAAAAUGUUGAGAUACAUUACCAAAAAAAUUAAUAAUUAUAUUCCAAUACAUCAUUCAAAACAAUGAAUUCCUCUUUUUGUGAAAAAUGUGUAGCAUAAACCCGGUAACAGGUGUGUGAAUUUUGAAAAUCUGAUUAGAUUAGAGCCCUAUAUUUUGCUCAGUUGAAAAUAUUUUUAAAUAUGAUAAAAAAAUCUCAAUUCUCAACCCAUUAAGUUAUAGACUGCAAAGAAAAAAUAUUUUCAGAGCCAUCUGCCCAUCGGAUCGCGCAGAAAUGCUAGGUUCAGUCCCGCUGAACGGUGGCGUGCAGCGAUGUUUGUCGCCCACUUUGAGAUUUUCUUGCGAUCCUCGUUUCGGUCGGCUCCACAGUACUGAAAAUACGCUUAUUAAUUCAUAAAAAUCAAACGUGUCCGUGCCGCGCGAGCACGAACUGACAGAGAAUAAGUAUAACAAACAAACAAACACGGAGUUCGACGCGCGUAUUACGUAAUUUUAAGAAUUCAAAAGCAGCCAGCGCGAGUCAGGGACUACGCGAAAGCGCGCCAAGUCUGAUCUGUGUGUCCCAGGAAUUAUAAAAUUCUUUACCACGAAAAUGUUGAAUUGAGCCUGCUUAAUGGGUGCUCUCCUCUUUUAUUACGAUUGUAUUAUACUGUGCGUCUCAUUUUCACACAAACACAAAACACACACGGUUUAAAUACAUAAUUCUAUACCCGAAACGUCUGAAUUGUUACGCUUCGUUUUUCUCGAACCGAGGUAUUUUGAGCUCUCGCGACAGUUGUUGUCUAGACAUUUGUGGAGAGUAGAUUUCGUCGUGGCUCUGAAUCGGAUACUCACUCUCAGGUCGCCGUCAAUGUUGAUCUGCCCGUUUCGAAAAGAAAAUCUGACGUAGAAUACAAUGAUCGUAUCGCGUUAAGCAAAACUUGAGUGUACAAACGGAAAUUAAUUAACUCUGAAAAUUCGAGCGUAAGUCUAAAAUAAAAUACGAACAAAAAAACAUUGUCAUUGUUGGAGUUUAGAGACGAAUAAGAGACCAUUCCUCUUUUAGCGUUGUUAGUGAGCCUAUUUUAUAUAAACACAAUUAUAUACGAUUAUACAUUAUUAUGAAUAUGCUUUCGUGAGAUUCGUUGACUUGUGCCGAAUUCGAGCAAAACUGCUGUGAAAACGACCUGUUUGCCAAAAACUAUGAAUCUCCUAUUUUGGGUGGAAAUCUCACUUUGAUUUGACGAUUCCUCAAACAUUGUUCAUUCAUAAGCAUAUGUACAUUAUACUCUGAUUUGAUCUUAUUCAAGCGGUUUCAGUGAUUGUACUCAGGAUGCAUUUAAAUCGUAUGUUUCGUCUCUUUCGCUGUGCUGAUGAUAAUAUAAAUAUAUUUCUUCCUUCUUUAGAGUUUCGCGGUGCCAUGAAAUUUUUCACGUGCUGCCAAGCCUGAAUCACUUUAUUUCUGAGUAUUUAUCAGUAUUUCCGCUUUUGUUGUUAAUUCGUUGUUUAUUAUAUUUAUUUACACUAUUUAUAAUCUCAUUGUUGUGUUGUUACCGAAUUUGAACAUAUUCGUAGAAUAUCCAAGUGAUGUCAAUUGUUAACCAAAUAAAUAUGGAUAUAAUAAUUACUGUAUUACUGAUAUUGACCUGAGAUGAAAAGCUAUGUUGAAAUUAUGAUUGUUACAGAAAAUAAAGCCAGCCAAAUUUGAGAAAAUUA